AUGACCUUCACAGACUCUGCACCUCACGGGCACUCUGGCUCCAGCGGCAUGACCUCAGAUUAUUCGGGCGUCAUGGGACUCCUCUCAGGACAACCCAACUCGUCUGUGCCCCAAUUUAGAUAUGAUGAUUCGUGCGAUCACAGCCGCCUGGUCUCACAUGCAGCCACCUACCCAUUCGACGGUCUGACUGAUCUCCUGGACAACCAUCUGUGUCACCCACUGCUGAAGCAGGUGCUGCCCACAAUGAGAGACCAUGUCCAUGACAUGUCCGAGUCUGUCAGGAAAGCCAUGAUGGACCUUCUUCUCAAGGUCAAGAAAAUCCGAGCAAUCAAGUUCUGGACGAUCGUGCCAGUGGAGCACCUGCUAGCGAGACUGAAGGAGGACUCUACUGCUGUGUGUAAGAAGAUCGUCAAGCUCCUCAUCAACAGUUACAUGCCGCUGGAACAAACCACAGAGGAGAAGAUUUCCCGGCUCACUCACCUCAUCAAGGAGGACGCAGGGGCAGCCAGGAAGUUCUUCCAGUAUGCACCCACUGAACUCAAGUUUGAGGAAUCAGUGAAGUACCUGACUCUGCUGUCGCGUGUGAUGCUGGUUCUGAUCAAAAGAAACCAUGCUGAGAACUCAAAUGAGAAUCACAAUGAAAGCACUGCCAGCUCUGCCAAUGACAGUAAUGCCAACAUCACCAAUUCCACUAAUGUCACCAGAGAUGACAGCAGUAAUCAAAACACUGAGGCAGGAAGUGAUGACGAUGAAGAGCAAGAGCUGAGCCUGAAGAACUCGGAGAUCAUGAUGGGUCUCAUAGAGGCCAUGUACCUCAUGUGGGAUGCCAUCUCUAAACAGUUACACACGCCUCAACAUACUGACGUUCGACAUGAGUUGCAGAAACGGUACAGUGUGAUCAUUCCACAGAUGCUACGUAUAUUCCAGGAACCAAGAGCCUAUGCUGCUAUCAUGCUGUUAUCUGGCUUUUUGCCAUCGACAAGAGUUCCUGUAUUAAGUGAUAGCUGCAUGUCGAAGCUGCGUAACAUGACAGCGGACACACACAUGGGCGUAGCACACCUGCAGAACUUCAUCGGCACUCUGUGUAAAUGGCGUUUCAGUAAUGCCUUGCUGGAGAUGAUCGCAACUUCUGUCGAGGCAGGCCUCGAGGAAAAGACCAUUGCAGAGUAUAAGCCCGGUGGAUCUACCGUUAAAAAGAAGGCUGGUGCCAAAUGUGUUAUGCUGAAAGAGACUAUCAAGCCUGAACCUCCAAUAGCUCUGGAAUACCUGGAGAUCCUGCUGGAGAAGGACCUGUGUCGAGAGGUUAUACUUGUGGACCAUCUUGAUGCCUUGACACAGACCAUGGAGGCUCUGGGACACAGUGUGGAGAUUUUGAAAGCAAUGAACAGUGCCGAGUCAGAAACCAGUCCCACUAAUAUAGACUUUGUUCUGAAGACGUUCUUCCUGUAUCUCCUCGAGUGUCCCUCUUGCUACAUAAACAGGAAGAAACUGAUCCUAAGCCACAAUUCACUGACCUACUGACCUGGGCUCAGGAGGAACUGGUGCCUCAGUUGCAACAACAGGGCAAAAGGUCACGGAAAGACGGGGAACUGGCCUUUAAAACUCUUCA